AUGCCUGAGCAACAAAACAGCGGUGGACUCCUCGGUGGUCUGGGCGAUACCGUUGGGAAAACAGUCGGCGGCCUCACGAACACUGUAGGCGGUACUGUCAGUGGCCUCGGAAACACAGUUGGUGGCGCGACUCAGGGCCUUGGAAAUACUGUCUCGGGCGCAACCGAGGGGCUAGGAAACGCGACCAAGGGUGCUGGUGAAGGUGUCUCAAAUGGUUUCCAGAGUGUUGGGGGAAAGCAACAGAAUGCCGAUAACCCCUUGGGCUUGGAUCGGUCGUAA